GGCUGCUGGGCCCAUGGCCUUAAAUUCAACGCAAAUCCUUCUGUUUCCUUAAAAAAGUCCCGUCAAUCGCCAUCAUGACAGAAAAGAAUUACCUUCUGUAUCGGUUGACCAGCUGCAAGUUCGAAGUUUGCCUGCCUUAUUAAUGUCCUUUCUCUUUGGAUAGAUGAUCAGGCUUAAGCAGCAUGGGUUUGCUGUUUCAAAAGGAUUCAAAUUAUGUUUUUGAAUCGAUAUUUCAGAUCACAUACUUUCUGAUUCAGAGGAGAUUCGCUCAUUGAUAUCAGAUCAUCAUAAACUUGAUAUUAACUGAGAAUCUCCAAUGGCUGAGGUUUUCUCUUUGAUAUCAGAUCGCCAUAAAUUUUGAUAUUAACUGAGAAUCUCCAAUGGCUGAUUCUCUUUUCAAAAUUUUGGUUUUUUUGGGGAGCUUAUGAUGUUGUGAUCAGCUGUUUCCUUUUUAGAGCUGAAGUUUGUUGUUGUAACUGUUUCUGUCUAGCCGCUGUGUACCUUUGAACCAUAAUUCUAUUCAAUCCCGGUUUUUCAUACCCAUACUUUGGAUUUGUUUGAUUGGAAACAAUCUUCCAAGGUCUUCAAUGGCGAUUCUUAAGGGAAAUGCUGGUAUUUUUCUGGUAGCCUGCUUGUGCUUAUGUUUUGUCUGGUGCUAGCAAUGAAAUCGGCCUCUCAUUGUAAAUCUCAUUAUGAUAUUUUGAUUGGUUGUUUUUCACUUAUGGUUGAGAUUUGUUUUUGGGGUUGCUGGUACUUACUUCCUGGGUUUAGUAUGGUUUAAAGAGGUGAUUCGACUCAGCCCACGUUUCCCACCUUUUUUUAAGAUAGGCUAUAUUUUUCAUUUGAAGAUCUCCAGAGAUCUUCAAUGGGGAUCUUCAAGGGAUCUGCUGCUCUGUUUUUCGUAGCCUGCUUGUGGUUAAGCUUUGUGUACACUGCCUGUGGUGCAAGCAAUGCGAUUAGCCUCUCAUCUUCUGCAAAUCCCAUUGGAAUCGCAACCGGAAAUGCCUCUGAGACGAUUCUUCAGACCACAGAUGGAAAAUUUGGCUUGAAAUUCAAUGCUGUGGGUAAGUCUUUUCUGCUGGCUAUUGUUUUUCUCCUAUACAACGAGACAACGGUGUGGUCGGCAAACAGGAACUUCCCAGUUUCUCGCAAUGCAACAUUAAUGGUGAAUGCAGAGAGCAAUCUGGUGCUGCGUGAUGCGGACGGGAAAUCGGUGUGGUCUACAAAUUUCACGGGGGCAUCAAAUGUUACUUUGGGCGAAAAUGGUAAUCUGAUUGUGUACAACAGGGGCGGCCGGAUUCUGUGGCAGAGUUUCGAUCAUCCGACCGAUACACUCAUCCCAGGGCAAAUCGUUAGGGCCGGAACAUUUCUGGUCUCCAGUAUUUCAUCUUCCAAUACAUCUGAAAGCGCUUACCAGGCCGGCGUGUUACCAGGCGGAGCAGGGUUUUUCGCCAACGCGCCGCAGUUUUUCCCCUACGGUAUUCUCGAGUUCAACCCGAUGAGGUUAAACGCCCGAGAAGCCCUCAUCAGUCUGCAGAACUCAACCUGCAAUCACACUAUUGUAGUGUUCUCCGAUGACGGCCUGAAACUGAUCUGGAAGCAAGAGGGAUCGAUUUCCGACGAAUGCAGACGAGAAACCGGCGGGAAUCCAAAUGGAUUCUCGAUUACCGUCUCGUCGAAUUCAAGCGAAGGCUUUCGCUACAUCAGAAUGGAGACUGACGGAAACCUGAGGCUGUAUUUGCAGUCGCCUGAAAAUCUGAUCCUCGAAAAGGAUUUCUUCCAAGAUUUCUUCACAGAUCUGUGCAGGCUUCCCAACAUAUGCGGACCCUACGGUAUUUGCAGCCAGCCGGGAGCUCAGUGCAGCUGUCCCGCAUUUCCCCAAUAUUUUCCUUCUCAGGGCUCCUGCAAACCAAAGAAAAGCUUAAGCUGCAAUUCAAGCCAUACAAUGGUGGAGAUCCAAUCAGUGGAUUAUUUUCCCAGCCGCUACCUGGAUCCGCUCAACAUAACAUUAGACGAAUGCAAGGCCCAGUGCUUAGCCGACUGCUCCUGCGUAGCAGCCUUUUAUUACCAGUCUUCAAGCUCCUGUUUUAUCUACCAGGAGCUUCUGUCAAUGAGAGCUUCAUCAGAUCAAACACAGCUAGGGUUUCUCAAAGUCGAAGGCCAAUCUGAAAACAUUGCUACAAAACACAGUAAAGGUUUCUGGAAACGGCCAGGAAAUGUCGUCGGAGUGGCUUUAGGCGGGGCUUUGUUCAUUGCCCUGCUCUGCAUCAUCUUUCCCCGUCUUAAGAAAGCAAAGCGGAAAAUAAUAAACCCUGAACAAGAAGACAGUUUUCUCAAAGCGCUCCCGGUGCUGCCUCCAAGAUUCACCUUCGCCGAGCUCAAAGCAAUCACCAGCGACUUCAGCGAAAAACUUGGAUCCGGCGGCUUCGGCUCUGUGUACGCAGGAGUCCUCGAGGAUCGAACCCUGGUCGCCGUAAAACAACUCGAAGACAGCUCCCAGGGCUACGGCGAGUUUCAAACCGAGAUCGCUACCCUCGGCAGUCUCAGCCACGUCAAUCUCGUCCGCCUCCGCGGCUUCUGCGCAGAGGACGCGCAUCAUCUUCUUGUCUACGAUUACAUGGCGAAUCGAUCCCUCGACACCUGGUUAUUUACCAGGGACGAAGCUAGGGUUUUAAGCUGGACCACAAGACUCAACAUCGCCUUAAAUACAGCCCGCGGCCUCACAUUUCUGCACGAAGAAUCCCGCGAAUGCAUCGUCCACCUGGACAUCAAGCCGGAAAACAUCCUUCUCGAUGAUCAAUUCACAGCCAAGCUUUCCGACUUCGGCUUAUCAAAGCUCAUCGACAGAUCUCAACAAAGCCGCAUUUUGACAGGCAUGAGAGGCACACCAGGCUACCUGGCGCCGGAAUGGCUCAUGGAAACGGGCGUGAGCAGCAAAAGCGAUAUCUACAGCUUCGGCAUUGUUCUCCUCGAAAUGGUUUCCGGCCGCCGCUGCGUGGAUUUGACGGCGCCGGCAGAAGACUGUUAUCUUCCCGCCGCCGCCAUUAGAGGGUUCCAGGAAGGAAACUUGGCGGAGCUUCUGGAUCCUCGCUUGGAUAGCGGCGGAAUCGGCAUGGAGGAGGUAAAAAAUGUGGUGGCGGUGGCGCUUUGGUGCAUUCAGGAGGCUGGCGGCAUGAGACCCAAGGCUAGCUCUAUCACCCGUAUGCUGGAAGGUCAUAUGAAAAUCCAGGAGCCGCCAUUGCUUCCUUUGCAAGCUGCGCUUGCAAAACAGCGGAAUAUCUGGAUCGCCGUUGAGGAUGGAAAUGCAGAGCAACCAUCGUCGUGAUAUCUUACUGGUUUUUUUGUUUUCUGUUCGGUUUCUUUUGUAUUUGCUUCUGAUAUAUAUUUAUAUGUAAGCUUUGUUUUGUCGUAAUGGCUUACGCAGAGAAUCCCCGUGUUAUGAGCGGCGCAAGCCGAUAAAGUAUUACCUGUUUCGUUCUUGUGGCUGCUUGUAUAUAAUUUGAUUUUGA